AUGGAUAUUUUUCUGUUCCUCAUCUUAAUCACUCCCGUUCUGGCUGUCAAGACUGGCCCAGAAGAGGAUUUUUACCAUGCAGCUGUUGUUGAGUACUGCCCUCAUGAGGGAACAGAUGGAAAUGACACCAUGAUAAAAAAUGGCGUGGAAUACGUACGACUCAUCCAGAAAGCUGCGGAAACAGCUGAUAUUGUCGUAUUCCCAGAGUAUGCGCUGACUUACGAAGAUGAAACAUUAUUUGUGGAAAUCCCAUUCGGUUCCAAUGAACCAGCACCAGCAGACAACCCAAGGCUACACCCUGUUGUUAGAAUGGUGUCAAAAGCAGCAAGAGACAACCAAAUCUACGUCUCUAUCUGCCUUCUUGAGAAAGACUUGAGCUCUGGCGAGGAACUGAAGUAUAAUACAAAUGUUGUCUUCGACAGGAACGGCAUCGUUGUCUCCAAAUACCGGAAAUUCAAUUUGUACUAUGAGGCCCUAAACACUACCAAGGUCCCUGACAUUGCUAUCUUCGAAACUGACUUCGGUGUCCGCUUCGGGGUCUUCAUAUGCGCUGACAUAUUUCACAAAGAACCAGCUUUAACCUUGGUUUAUGAAAAGAAUAUCACGGAUUUCGUUUACCCAAAUUGGUUUUAUGCAGAGCUAAAACUCGGCUUAUCUGUUCAGAUUCAGUUCGGUUGGGCUUACAUGACAGACAGUAACCUCCUCUCAGCAGGAGUUAAUUCUUUAGAACAAGGAAGCACAGGGAGUGGAAUAUUUGCAGGAAGAAAAGGGCCUGCCAUUAAUAUCAUCAACGAAAGGAAUGAAACUCGACUUUUGACAGCCAAGUUAUUUAAAAAAGGAAAAAUUGGAAAAUCGGAAGGUCAUAUUUUGGAGCCUUUAUCACCAGGAGUUGACAGCACUCAUGAAAUAGAAGCUGAGAAUUUCCAAAACUACUCAACAUACCUUUUAACACCAGAAGUAAAAAAUGAAUUGUUGUCUGAUUCAGAUGGAUCUAAAUAUUUAAACAAAAUAUUAGAGUUGACUUUGUGCCAAGGUUCUCUCUGCUGUGAAUUCUAUAGCAAUGUAACAUUCACAUUUAAAUCCCUAGAAUAUUUAAAUAUGUCAGACUUAACUUUCUUAAAAAAUGAUUCUUAUUAUCAUUACCAGUAUAGAUUUGCAACAUUUGAUGGUGUAAAGGGUUUCCCAGAUGCCGGUUCCAAAGGUAUUCAAGUUUGUGCUAUCAUUCCUUGUGUAAACAGUUCAUUAACAAGUUGUGGGAAGAAAACUGGAAACGUAAAACCACUUAAAAUUCAUUCUGAAUCAUUUGGGGAUAUCUUUUUGCAUUCGACAACAUUUAAUGAACUUUUUAUUAGAUCUGUUACAAAAGAAAUGCCAGAUUUUACUUUUCCAAACUUAUUAGUUUCUUCUAAAAGUUUGAAUCCUAAGUCUUUUGGAUCCGCACCAGAUGUUUCUAAGUUGGUCUUUAGUUCUAAUAAGAGGUCAUCUAAUCUGACUUACUCAACAGAUAAAUUAAUAUAUGCGGGCUUAUAUUCAAGGAUGAUUUCAAGAGAUGGUGGAGAAUCAUAUGCUUAA